UUUUCAACAUGGCUACCGGGUCUGCUCUCUCAUGUAACGCUCAGAUUGGAGGCUGACUCGACUCUCUCUUCCUCUGCCUCCCUUUCACUUCUGCUCGCACACCAACGUCGCUCGGAUGCAAAUCCCGCUCUGCAGCCUCUCCGUCUCCCCCCGGGUGUCCCUCGGUGGAAUAACCUUCCCCAAUCACUCCCUCCACCGGGCCUUUUCUCACCCCCCCAAAAAAACAACCAACUGCCAGCCAACAACAGUUUCUGCCAGCGCCAUGGUUUGAGUCAAGGUGCGCUCCGCUUCAUGAGACAAUGUGCGAAAACUGCGCCGAGCUGGUGGAGGUUUUAAAUGAAAUAUCGGAUGCAGACAGCAGUGAAGGAGGCUUCCAGCUGAAGAAGGAACAUGCCCUGCGAGUGCUGGGCUACAUCAGCUCCUGGACGCAGAGACAAUGUCUCUGCUGCUUCAAGGAGUACAAGCACCUGGAGGUCUUCAACCAGCUGGUCUACGCCCUCAUCAACCUGGUCAUCGCUCAGAUCAGCAGCCUGAGAGACCGCCUCUGCAGCGUCCAGGACCACACUCACAAAGGAGGCGUGUCUGGGACUGAUGGGGUGGGGUCCGAUUGGAGUGGGGGCGAGACUGCACCCGGGGCCCUCGCCCAGCCGUCCUCACCUGGGGAGGACGAACCUGUGAAUGUGGAGAGAGACUCUGCCGAAGAGGAUGCUGACGCCCCCGACCUGAACCAGAAUAAGACCCAGGGUCAGGGGGCCAACCAGCCAUGUGAAGCCCAGAUGGAAGCGCUGGGGCCUGGGGAGGGCGGCAGUGGGUCUGGGGGUGGUGAUGGUGGUAUCGGAGGAAACAGUGACAGCCAGGACCCGUUCAGCUCCUGGAACACAGAGGAGAGGGAGAAACUGCUGUUGUGUGCCGCCAAGAUCUUCCAGAUCCAGUUCCCUCUCUACACAGCCUACAAACACAACACACACCCCACUAUAGAGGACAUAUCUGCUCACGAAAGCAACAUCCUCGGCUCCUUCUGCGACAUGAACGACGUGGAGGUGCCUCUGCAUCUGCUGCGUUACGUCUGUCUGUUCUGCGGGAAGCACGGCCUCUCCCUGAUGAAGGAGUGCUUCGAGUCGGGCACUCCAGAGAGCCUCCCCUUCCCCAUCGCCCACGCCUUCAUCACCAUCGUCUCCAAUAUCCGAAUAUGGUUGCACAUUCCUGCGGUCAUGCAGCACAUCAUACCGUUCCGCACCUAUGUAAUACGGUAUCUGUGUAAGCUGUCGGACCAGGAGCUGCGGCAGAGUGCAGCGCGCAACAUGGCCGACCUGAUGUGGAGCACGGUGAAGGAGCCGCUGGACAGCGCGCUGUGCUUCGACAAGGAGAGCCUGGACCUCGCCUUCAAAUACUUUAUGUCCCCCACGCUCACCAUGAGGCUGGCAGGACUCAGCCAAAUCACAAACCAACUCCACACCUUCAAUGACGUCUGCAACAACGAGUCACUGGUGUCCGACACAGAAACGUCCAUAGCGAAGGAGCUAGCUGACUGGCUGAUCCACAACAAUGUGGUGGAGCACAUAUUCGGACCAAAUUUGCACAUUGAGAUCAUUAAACAGUGCCAAGUGAUCCUGAACUUCUUGGCUGCAGAGGGCCGACUCAGCACGCAGCAUGUGGACUGUAUUUGGGCAGCAGCUCAGCUGAAACACUGUAGCCGUUACAUCCACGACCUUUUUCCUUCACUCAUCAAAAACCUGGACCCAGUGCCUCUCCGCCACGUCCUCAACCUGGUGUCAGGCCUGCACCCCAGCGCACACACCGAGCAGACGUUGUACCUGGCCUCCAUGCUGAUCAAGGCUCUGUGGAACAACGCCCUCGCAGCCAAAGCCCAGCUCUCCAAACAGAGCUCCUUCGCCUCCCUGCUCAACACCAACAUCCCCAUGGGCAACAAGAAAGGUUCACCAGCCGCCAGUCCGGACAGCAGUGACAACAGCGACACGCAGCACAGCGGAGGCAGCGACAUGGAGAUGGACGACCAGAUGAUGACCGGCAGCAAGAGGAGCCAGCAGAGGCUGUCUGACACAGAGGAGUCGAUGCAGGGCAGCUCCGAUGAGACGGCCAACAGCGUGGAGGAAGGCAGCAGCGGGCCCGGCAGCAGCAGCGGUCGCAGCGAGGCCUCCAGCAACGAAGCCGCCUCCAGCAGAGCCAGCCAAUCAGCCGGGAGCCCCGGCAGCGAGAUGCACUCUGACGACAUGGCGGACAGCGAGGCCUUAAAGGAGGAGGAGGAGGACGAUGAAGAGGAAGACGACGAGGAGGACGAUGACGAUGAUGAGGAGGACGAAGACGAAGGGAACCGGUCGGCUGCCGAAGGCGGGCAGCAGAAGGAGCCCAGGGAGCAGACGGAGUCGAGGAAGAGGAAGGCGGGGGAGGCGCUCGGCGAGGGGUCGAGCCAGGGGGCGGGGCCCAGUGGUUCAGGGGGCGGGGCCAAGCCCAAAGUUCUCCCCUUCAACCCAGAGACUUCUGCUGUCAUGGUUACGGCAGCAUCAACGUCACUGGAGGGCCGGAUGAGGAUGUUGGACUCGUGUUCUGCGUCGUCCUCUGCUCGGCCCGAUGGGACGGAGCCCCAGCAGCAGCCCUCAGACAUCGGCCCCUCACAGAUGGUCCAGGGGCCUCAGGAACCCCCGUGCCUGCCGCGGCCCGGGGACUUCCUGGGGGAGGCCAUGGGCAGCGAGCUCUUUAACUGCCGGCGCUUCAUUGGCCCACAGCACCACCACCAUCACCAUCAUCACCACCACCAUCAUGAAGGUCCCAUGGUGGAGGACAUGCAUGACGCCGACGACGUGAGCCCGGUGCGGCAGCUCCAGAUUCAUCUGUCUGAGGGUCUGAUCAAUGAAGCAGAAAAGCUGUUGUGUUCACUCGUCUGUUGGUUCACUGACAGACAGAUCCGAAUGCGCUUCAUCGAGGGUUGCCUUGACAACUUAGCCCACCACAGGUCUGUUGUGGUUUCCUUGCGUCUAUUACCCAAACUUUUUGGCACUUUUCAGCAAUUUGGCUCCAGCUAUGACACCCACUGGAUCACCAUGUGGGCUGAGAAGGAGCUGCACAUGAUGAAGCUGUUCUUUGACAACCUGCAGCACUACAUCCAGGAGGUCCGGGAACACCGGCACAAGUUUGCACUGUACAGCCACAGUGCGGAGGUCCAGGUCCGACUACAGUUCCUCACCUGCGUCUUCUCCACACUGGGAUCUCCAGACCACUUCAGGCUGAGUCUGGAGCAGGUGGACAUCCUGUGGCACUGCCUGGUGGAGGACGUCGAGUGCUACGACGACGCGCUGCACUGGUUCCUCAAUCAGGUCCGCAGCAAGGACCAGCAUGCUAUGGGCAUGGAGACCUACAAACAUCUGUUCCUGGAGAAGAUGCCCCAGCUGAAGCCAGAGACUAUCAGCAUGACUGGCCUCAACCUCUUUCAGCACCUCUGUAACUUAGCCCGCCUCGCCACCAGUGCUCUGGACAACGCCUCCAGCUGUGAGCUGUGUGGGAUGGACCAGCUGUGGGGGAUCGCUCUGAGAGCUCAGUCUGCUGAUAUCAGCCGCGCUGCCAUCCAGUACAUCAACUCCUACUACAUCAACGCUGGUAAGACGGGCCUGGAGAAGGAGCAGGAGUUCAUCAGGAAGUGUAUGGAGAGUCUGCUGAUGGCUUCAGCCAACCUGGAGAAGGACGCCCACUCCAGCCUGACCAGCAUCGAGAGGGGGCUGCUCAUGCUCAAAACACACCUGGAGGCCUUCCGACGCAGGUUUGCGUACCACCUGCGGCAGUGGCAGAUCGAGGGGACGGGGAUCAGCAGCCACCUGAAGGCUCUGAGCGACAAACAGUCUCUGCCGCUCAGGAUCGUCUGUCAGCCCGCCGGCCUUCCUGACAAGAUGACGAUCGAGAUGUACCCCAGCGACCAGGUAGCAGACCUGCGAGCUGAGGUGACCCACUGGUACGAGAACCUGCAGAAGGAGCAGAUGAACCAGCAGGCUCAGCUGCAGGAGUUCGGCCAGAGCGGCCGGCAGCCAGGAGACUUCCCAGGUGGUUUGAUGGGACCAGUCAGGAUGAUCUCCUCCGGCCACGAGCUGACCACAGACUACGACGAGAAGACUCUGCAUGAGCUGGGCUUCAAAGACAUGCAGAUGGUGUUUGUGUCCCUGGGAGCUCCGCGGAGGGAGAGGAAGGGGGAGGGCAUCCAGCUGCCGGCCUCCUGUCUGCCUCCUCCCCAGAAAGAGCACAUCCCAAUGCUGCUGCUCCUCCAGGAGCCGCACCUCACUACACUGUUCGACCUGCUGGAGAUGCUGGCCUGCUUCAAACCGCCCAGCCCCAACACCGAGAACGUCCACGAAAACCCUGAGAGUGCGCGGUGUGAGGAGCUUCACCUCCACGCUGAGAAUCUGUCUCGUCGGGUCUGGGAGCUGCUGAUGCUUCUUCCCACGUGUCCCAAGAUGCUACAGGCCUUCCAGAACAUCUCAGACGACGCGAACGGGGAGGGUCUGUGCUGGAAGGAGCUGCUGAGGAUAAAAAGUCCCCACAAACUGCUGUACGCUCUGGAGAUCAUCGAGGCUCUGGGCAAACCUAACAGACGCAUCCACCGGGAGUCCACUGGCAGCUACAGCGAUCUGUAUCCAGACUCUGACGACUCCAGUGAGGAUCAGAUAGAAAACAGCAAGAACACAUGGAGCUGCAAGUUUGUUUCGUCUGGAGGUCUUCAGCUGCUCCUGGAGAUCUUCAAUUCGGGCAUCCUGGAGCCUAAAGACCAGGAGUCCUGGACUGUGUGGCUGCUGGACUGCCUGGCCUGCCUGCUGAAGUUGAUCUGCCAGUUUGCGGUGGAUCCCGCAGACCUGGACCUGGCCUACCAUGACGUCUUCUCCUGGUCCGGCCUCGCUGAAAGCCAACGCAAGCGGGCGUGGCCGGGCAAAUCUCGCAAGUCCACCGUAGAGCAUGGGAAAGGCCUGCACAUCCCUCGGCUCACUGAGGUGUUCCUCAGCCUCGUACAGGGCACCAACCUCAUCCAACGUUUGAUCAACGUGGCCUACACCUACGACAACCUUGCACACAGAGUUCUUAAGGCUCAGUCUGACCACAGGUCUCGUCAUGAAGUGACUCACUACUCCAUGUGGCUGCUCGUGAGCUGGGCUCACUGCUCCUCCACGGUAAAGUCCAGUCUGGCCGACAGCGACCACCUUCACGACUGGCUGAAGAAACUCACCCUGCUGGUGCCUGAGCCGGCUGUCAGACACGAGGCGUGUAACGGCCUCUACAAGCUCUCUCUGUCGGGUUUGGAGGGCGGAGAGUCCAUCAACAGAUCCUUCCUGCUUCUCGCUGCCUCCACGCUCCUCAAGUUCCUGCCUGACGCACAGGGCCUCAAACCACUGCGGGUGGAGGACUAUGAAGAGGAGCCUCUGUUACGGACGGGCUGUAAAGAAUACUUCUGGCUGCUCUGUAAACUCAUCGACAACAUCCACGUUAAAGACGCCAGCCAGAAGGUCUCUCCCUCUCUGUCGCUGGCCGGCUCGAUGCAGACCACCCUGCUGGACCUGGACGCUCUCGCCCGGCACCUCGCCGACUGCAUCAGGAGCCGUGAGAUCCUGGACCAGCAGGACGGGACGAUCGAGGACGAUGGGCUGACCGGUCUCCUGCGUCUCGCCACCAGCGUCCUCAAACACAAGCCUCCCUUCAAGUUCUCCCGCGAGGGUCAGGAGUUCCUGCGGGACGUCCACAACCUCCUCUUCCUCUUGCCCAGCCUGGCAGACCGUGCUCAGCCCAAAUGCAAGUCCCACGCUGCCCGGGCCGCCGCCUACGACCUGCUGGUGGAGACAGUGAAGGGCUCGGUGGAGAACUACCGGCUGCUCCACAACUGGGUCAUGUCACAGCACAUGCAGGCCUCUCACGCCCCGUACAAGUGGGACUACUGGCCCCACGACGACGUUCGGGCUGAGUGCCGCUUUGUGGGUCUGACUAACCUGGGAGCUACCUGUUACCUGGCCUCCACCAUCCAGCAGCUCUACAUGAUCCCAGAGGCCCGCCAGGCCGUCUUCACCGCCAAGUACGCUGAGGAUAUCAAACACAAGACCACACUGCUGGAACUGCAGAAGAUGUUCACAUAUCUCAUGGAGAGCGAACGGAAAGCGUACAACCCCCGGCCGUUCUGUAAAACGUACACUAUGGACAAACAGCCUCUCAACACCGGGGAGCAGAAAGACAUGACCGAGUUCUUCACUGACCUCAUCACAAAGAUAGAGGAGAUGUCCCAGGAGCUGAAAAACACAGUGAAGACUCUGUUUGGAGGUGUCAUCACCAACAAUGUGGUCUCUCUGGACUGUGACCACGUCAGUCAGACAGCAGAGGAGUUUUACACUGUCAGAUGUCAGGUGGCGGAUAUGAAGAACAUCUACGAAUCUCUGGAUGAGGUGACCAUCAAGGACACUCUGGAGGGCGACAACAUGUACACCUGCUCCCAGUGUGGCAAGAAGGUCCGCGCAGAGAAAAGAGCGUGUUUCAAAAAGCUGCCCCGGAUCCUGAGUUUCAACACUAUGAGAUACACCUUCAACAUGGUGACAAUGAUGAAGGAGAAGGUCAACACCCACUUCUCCUUCCCGCUGCGCCUCGACAUGACGCCCUACACCGAGGACUUCCUCAUGGGCAAAGGAGAGCGCAAAGAGGGUUUUCGGGAAGAGGGCGAAGCAAAAGUCACAGAGAGCUACGAGUACGACCUCAUCGGCGUCACGGUGCACACGGGCACAGCAGACGGUGGCCAUUACUACAGCUUCAUUAGAGACAUCGUCAACCCUCACGCCUACAAGAACAACAAGUGGUACCUGUUCAACGAUGCGGAGGUGAAGCCCUUCGACUCGGCCCAGCUGGCCUCUGAGUGCUUCGGUGGAGAAAUGACAACUAAAACCUACGACUCCGUCACUGACAAGUUCAUGGAUUUCUCUUUUGAGAAGACACACAGUGCCUACAUGCUCUUCUAUAAGAGAGUGGAGCUGGAGGAGGAGAAUGGGAAGGACUUUAGUUUUGACGUCUCUCCUGACUUACUGGAGUGGAUCUGGCACGACAACAUGCAGUUCCUCCAGGAUAAAAAUAUAUUUGAACACACAUACUUUGGUUUCAUGUGGCAGCUCUGCAGCAGCAUCCCCAGCACUCUACCAGACCCUAAAGCCGUCUCCCUCAUGACUGCUAAGCUCAGCACAUCAUUUGUCCUUGAGACUUUUAUUCACUCCAAGGAGAAGCCCACCAUGCUGCAGUGGAUUGAACUCCUGACCAAACAGUUCAACAACAGCCAGGCGGCCUGCGAGUGGUUUUUGGAUCGGAUGGCAGAUGACAACUGGUGGCCGAUGCAGAUACUCAUAAAGUGCCCCAAUCAGAUUGUCAGACAAAUGUUCCAGAGGUUGUGUAUUCACGUCAUCCAGAGGCUUCGUCCGGUUCACGCUCACCUCUACCUCCAGCCCGGCAUGGAGGACGGCUCUGACGACAUGGACGGUCCGGUGGAGGACAUCGGCAGCCGAUCCUGCGUUACUCGCUUCGUUAAGACCCUGCUGUCCAUCAUGGAGCACGGCGUCAAACCCCACAGCAAACACCUGACCGAGUACUUCGCCUUCCUCUACGAGUUCGCCAAGAUGGGAGAGGAGGAGAGUCAGUUCUUGUUGUCACUACAAGCCAUUUCUAUCAUGGUGCAUUUCUACAUGGGAACCAAAGGACCUGAGAAUCCUCAGGUGGAGGUGCUUUCAGAGGAGGAAGGAGAGGAGGAGGACGAGGAGGAAGACAUCUUGUCCCUGGCGGAGGAGAAGUAUCGUCCUGCAGCUCUGGAGAAGAUGAUCGCCCUCAUCGCUCUGCUGGUGGAGCAGUCUCGCUCUGAGAGACACCUGACUCUGUCCCAGAGCGACAUGGCGGCGCUGACCGGAGGGAAAGGCUUCCCCUUCCUCUUCCAGCACAUCAGAGAUGGCAUCAACAUCAGGCAGACCUGCAACCUCAUCUUCAGCCUCUGUCGCUAUAACAACCGCCUGGCCGAGCACAUUGUGUCGAUGCUCUUCACCUCCAUCGCUAAGCUGACUCCUGAGGCUGCUAAUCCUUUUUUCAAGCUGCUGACGAUGCUGAUGGAGUUUGCGGGCGGACCCCCGGGGAUGCCCUCGUUCGCCUCCUACAUCCUCCAGAGGAUCUGGGAGGUGAUCGAGUACAACCCGUCUCAGUGUCUGGACUGGCUGGCGGUCCAGACUCCCAGGAACAAACUGGCCCACAGCUGGGUCCUGCAGAACAUGGAGAACUGGGUGGAGCGCUUUCUGCUGGCCCACAACUACCCCCGAGUCCGCACGUCCGCGGCGUACCUCCUCGUCUCCCUCAUCCCCAGCAACUCCUUCCGCCAGAUGUUUCGCUCCACGCGCUCCCUCCACCUGCCGACCCGUGAGCUGCCGCUGUCACCCGACACCACCGUGGUCCUCCACCAGGUCUACAACCUGCUGCUGGGGCUGCUGGGACGCGCCAAGCUCUACGUAGACGCCAGCGUUCACGGCACCACCAAGCUGGUUCAGUACUUCAGCUUCAUGACCUACUGCCUCAUCUCCAAGACGGAGAAACUCAUGUUCUCUGGUUACUUUAUGGACCUCUGGAACCUCUUCCAGCCCAAACUGUCGGAGCCGGCCAUCGCCACCAACCACAACAAGCAGGCGCUGCUGUCCUUCUGGUACAACAUGUGCGUGGACUGUCCGGAGAACGUUCGCCUGGUGGUGCAGAACCCAGUGGUGACCAAGAACAUCGCCUUCAACUACAUCCUGGCCGACCACGACGACCAGGAGGUGGUGCUCUUCAACCGCGGCAUGCUGCCCGCCUACUACGGCAUCCUGCGCAUGUGCUGCGAGCAGUCGCCCGCCUUCACCCGCCAGCUCGCCUCUCACCAGAACAUCCAGUGGGCCUUCAAAAACCUGACGCCACACGCCAGCCAGUACCCCGGGGCGGUGGAGGAGCUCUUCAACCUGAUGCAGCUGUUUGUGGCGCAGCGAGCCGACAUGAGAGAAGAAGAGCUGGAAGACGUCAAACAGUUCAAGAAAACCACCAUCAGCUGCUACCUGCGCUGCCUGGACGGCCGCUCCUGCUGGACCACGCUCAUCAGAGCUAAAGAGUUACUCCAUAAAAAGUUCCUGAAGGAGGUUCAUGUUGUUCUCUGUGUCUGUAUUCAGGUAUUGGCGGUGGACCAGGUCCCUGACGGUCUGACAGCCACAGCCCAGCUCAACAUCACGGUCCAGGACUACAAUGACAACGCCCCACAGUUCCCAGCUAUCCCCGACCCCGUGUUGUUCCCCGAGGGCGACUACUCGGAGGAAGCUCCAGGAGAAGUUUUGACCAUCGUGCCCACAGACCCCGACCUCGGCCCCAACGGAGAGGUCACCCUCUCCCUCUCCUCCCCCCACCCGCUCUUCAGGUUCAGAGAGGAUGGGAUGCUGCUGGCUGUUGGCUCUCUGGAUCGGGAGAGAACGGACACGUAUGAGCUGUUGGUUACGGCCUCAGACAAAGGCAGCCCACAGAGAGAGAACGUCACCACCAUCAGAGUGAGCCUCACCGACGUCAAUGACAACACGCCUGAGUUCAGCUCCAGCAGCUACGUCAGCAGCCUCCUGCUGAAAGACGCAGCGAAGGGGAAGCUGCUGCUGACGCUGGCGGCCACCGACAGAGACGCUGGGGACAACUCGCUCAUCACCUACAGUUUCUCUGCAGGAAGUUCUCCAUAUUUGGCCUUAAACAGUGAGACCGGGGAUGUGACCUUGACCUCUGACCUUGCUGAUGUCACAGAGGACACCACGCUGGUGCUGACAGCCAUGGCUAAAGACCACGGCCGGCCUCCACUCAACUCCACAGUGUUGUUGGGUGUAACGCAAGCCCGCGUCCGGGAUCAAUCUGACGGGGGGGGUAGCAGCCUGGUGGAGGGGCGUGGCAUUCAGGAACCCCUCCUACAACUUCUAGCCUACUGA